AUGGCCUCCCUCGCCUCAGAGCGCUCCUCGCCGGCUUCUCCUGGAGCAUCCUCGACCGCCCGGCGCACUUUCGGCGCGGAGGUGGUGGGAGCCGCAGCGAGCUCUGCGGCUUCGAGGCAAGCAGCGUUGGGUCGUCCCGAAGGAAGACGAGCCCUGACGGGGACCCAGAGCUUCUCCUCCCGUUUGAGGGGGGGCGUAAGAGAAGGGGGUGCAAACUCAAGCAACGGAAAGAAGACGCGAGUCGCCUUUUCUGCUUGUCCCCUUUGGCCUUUGGGACCGAAUCGGAGACGAGGCGGGGUGUGUGUGAGAACCCCCCCCCAUCCCAUCUUCUCCCUCAGUCUUCGGCUAUAGAUGCAGGAUCGUGUAAAGUAUUUUGAAAGAAGAAGGGGAAAAACCCACCAUGAUGGACUGCAGCAUUUUUCUCAUACUGGCUUGACUGGAUGUUUUACUUUCUUAAACACCCACAGGGACAGGCAGGUUAUUUUAGCUGCCACUCUUGGUGGAUGAAGGGUCAAGCACCCUAAAAUUUACACACACACACACACACACACACACCGUUCAACAGUAAGAAAUAAGUGGUACCAUUCUCAAGGUACAUCCAUUAUUUUGACAGAGUAUCUUCACUUAGAUAUUAGGUUUUUUCUGACCAAAAAGGAAUUUUGAAUCAAAUGUGUGGUACAGAAAAACAAUUAGGAUAAGGUGAAUGAGCUUUACAUUACUGCAGUUUAUGGACAUAGACGAAGGCAUUUUGAGAGAACAUGGCAGGAGAAGUUUUGAGCUUAUAUUUAUGUUGAGCAAUAAACAGUGUUCUUAUUAAACCAAACUAGUGAUCCUUGAAAGCUAUGUUUGCUCAAACUAUCCUUCAAUUUAUGAAAUGUAACAAGAACCUUCCUUAUUCUUAAGCAAGCGUGAAAAACUGUAUUUGGCAGUAUUCUUCAUAGCCUCUGCUAAAACAAAUGUUGGAAACCUGUGCCCUGAACGGCAUAUUGUAGUUUUGUACAGUAUAUAGUUACACAUAUUGUUACAUAUAUAGUUUAGAUUGUGGUUAGCAAUCCUAAAUAGAGUAGGACAAGUUUUGUGUCACAAAAUGGUUCUUCAUGAAAUACAGUGCUCCUACAAAUGCCUUGAAAUUUCCUGACUUCUUUGACUCUGUGUAAGCUUUUUUUUAUACAUGCAUUUUUUGUCUUUAUAAAAUCUUUAAACAAUUUUGUACAUCUUUGGACAUAUAAAAACAGAGCACUCACAAUGUGGACUUUUCUGGGCAUUGCUUCCUUUAUCUAUGUCUACAAAAAAUGUGGAGAUUUGCUAAGUUAUGCCAACAAGGAGAUGCUCAUUUCCACGCUGGUGUUUUUUUCUCUUGGCUUGAUGCUCUCUUAUUGGUACCGAUCGUGGGGACCCCAGCCACAGAAUAAGCAGCAACCUCAUUGUGGAAUGUUUUCCAAUUUUCUUGCUGCCUUGCCAUUUGUUGGCUUUUUCUGGACUAAAUCCCAUGCUGAUUCUACGGAGAAACUGCAGCCAAAGACCAAAAGGGAUAUAAGAGGUGUCAUUCCUUCACCUGACAAUAGAACAGAAACUGAUUCAGCUUCAACAGCCACAGAUCAAUCUGGUCCAGAAGUGAUCAUUGUGGGGGCUGGUGUCCUUGGCUCUGCUCUGGCAGCGGUGCUGGCCCGGGAUGGAAGGAGAGUGACGGUCAUUGAGCGAGAUCUGAAGGAACCUGAUAGGAUUGUUGGAGAACUCCUACAGCCAGGAGGUUAUAACACUCUAAAAGAUCUGGGCCUUCAAGAUGCUGUGGAAGGUAUAGAUGCUCAUAUAAUAAAUGGCUACAUCAUUCAUAAUCUUGAAAACAAGGCAGAGGUUGAGAUUCCUUACCCUUGCACAGCAGCUGGGCAAGUACAGAACGGAAAAGCAUUUCAUCAUGGACGUUUCAUCAUGGGUCUCCGAAGGGCAGCCAUGUCAGAACCUAAUGCAAAAUUUAUUGAGGGGACAGUGAUACAAUUGCUUGAAGAAGAUGAAUGUGUAGCUGGAAUUGUAUACAAAGAUAAAGAAACUGGUGAUACAAAGGAACUCCAUGCACCCUUAACAGUGGUUGCUGAUGGUCUGUUUUCCAAGUUUCGAAAAAAUCUUAUCUCCAGCAAAGUUAAAGUCUCUUCUCAUUUUGUAGGAUGCAUUUUGAAGAAUUCUCCUCAGUUUAAAGCCAAUUACGCUGAGCUUGUUUUGGGAAAUCCUAGCCCAGUGCUUAUCUACCAGAUUUCUUCCACUGAAACUCGAGUUCUUGUUGACAUUGUGGGUGAAAUGCCAAAAAAUCUUAAGGAAUACAUGGUUGAAAAGAUUUAUCCACAGCUACCAGAACACAUUCAAGAGCCUUUCCUAAUAGCAGUACAGAAUGAACGUCUGAGAGUCAUGCCAGCAAGCUUUCUACCGCCUUGUCCUGUUAAUAAAGGAGGAGUCAUCCUCCUAGGAGAUGCUUACAAUAUGAGGCAUCCUCUGACAGGCGGAGGAAUGAGCGUUGCUCUGAACGAUAUCAAGAUCUGGAGAUGUUUGCUACAGACCAUUCCGGACCUGUACGAAGACUCUGCUCUACUGCAAGCCAAAAAGACCUUCUACUGGACAAGAAAGAAGUCUCAUUCCUUUGUUGUGAAUGUUCUUGCUCAGGCGCUUUAUGAAUUAUUCGCUGCAACAGAUGAUUCUCUGCACAAGUUAAGGAGAGCCUGCUUUCUUUAUUUCAAGCUUGGGGGCAAGUGUGUGUCUGGUCCAGUUGGAUUACUUUCCAUUUUGUCUCCAAAGCCCAUUGUCCUGAUCGGCCACUUCUUUGCCGUUGCCCUCUACGCCAUUUACUUUUGUUUCAAAUCCGAAUCGUGGAUCACCAAACCUCGGGCCAUUUUCAGCAGCCUCGCAGUGAUGUACCGAGCUUGCUCUGUCAUAUUCCCACUUGUAUAUUCUGAAAUGAAAUACCUCAUCUACUGAAUACAGAGGGGCAAAGAGACGGGAAGCGGAACCGCUUGGAUUUCUUUGCGUCUUCCUGAUGUGCCUGGUCUCUUAUUAAGUCGAAAAGACAACAGCAGCAACAAAGCUGUUGGCCUGAGAUCCUGCGGUGGCGCUUUGAGGUUUAUAAGCACAUAGAUAAUCUUGUCAAACAAGGGUAUGUUGAAAACAAAACAAAACACUCUAAUCCAAGGGAGAGAGAAGGGAGGUCACAACAGUUACUUCUGAGAGCAAGUGUCUAGCAUAUUAGGGGAGGGGUCAUUGGCAGAUUGCCUUUCCUUGCCCCCCUGAUUUUUGCAGCCAGGACUUACAGAAGAAAUUAAUGACAUUCCCAGAGCCACUGGUCUGAACUAUGAGUGUAUGUCCACAGCUUAGAGACCUUCCAGACUGCGCACAUUUUUUUCCCAGUCCUACAGAAUUUGCUUUAUUUCCUCCCUCCCUGACCAGCUGUUCUUCUAUUUCCUCCUACUUUUUUUUGGGGGGGGGGGGAAGAAACAGGAGUUUGUUCAUCCCCCUAAUAGGGACUCAACAACAACUGCAAUCAAAGUUAUCCUGCCAGGAGGCGACAAAUCUAAAAUGGAUGGUGUUGCUUAGGUUGGCACAGUAAACCAAGCGUGGGCUACAUCGUACUGGUUUAGUUCACAGGUAAAACCCAGCUUAUUUCAAUGACCUUCCAAACCAAAUACACUUUGUAGAGAGAAACCGGACAACGUAUUCUCCCUAGCCUUGCUUUUUUUAAAAAAAAAUAUGUAGGAUUUUAUUUUAUUUAUAGAGGAAUGCUUGUUGAGCUUCCAUUGUAGCCUGAAAUGAUACAGCCCAGGGCAUGCCACCUCAGGAAGAACUAAGCCAAUACUGAGCUUUAUGUAACGACUGCGAGGAAUUGUAGGUGCCUUCAUACUGCCGGCUUCAUUAGAACUGCCUUAUUUUGAAAGGUUAGAACUAGGGAACUUAUGGUCCUCAAGAUGCUGUACUAGAGCUUUCAUAAAUAAGUGAUGGCUGGGGCUGAUGGAACUUGGAAUCUCAACAUCUCAUUAAGGCAAGGAGGAUUGCAGAGGAGGAAUUAGUGCAGAAGGAGUAGUGAUGUCUGUAUGGCAUUGUCCCCAUUCGUUGGGUUCCUAGGAGGAGAGUCAAGCAUCAUCAUGAACAGAAAGAUUUUAGCUAUUUACUGAGAUAAACAGGGUAUGUGUCUAUGUUCACAUAUAUAAAAACACACAUCUAUGUUGCCUUGUACAAAUAAAGUUUCUAAAAGAGAAUACUUGCAACAACCCUUUUCAGCUAUUAUAACAGAGAUAGCUAAAAUGGCAGUAUAGGUGGUGGCACUGCUUUGUUACAUUGAUAAAAUAAAUGAAACUAAGGAGGUCAUCUCAAUCAUUUUUUUUUAAAAAAAGCAUCUGCAGCUCUUACAUGUAUAUUUCUUCACUGAUAUUUUCUGGUGUUGAGCUUUUCUGUCAAGUAACAUGUAAACAUAUAUUACAUGAAUAUGCUGUGUUUUUGUUUAAGUUCUGGUACAUAUUCUAGGGAUUGUCUCCAUUUUCUUUUCCAUUCAGUUGUAGAAGGGGAACACUCUUCUGACAGGUCCAAAAGCAUUUUUUUUUGAGGGGGGGGGAACUAAGAAUCUUGUUUUGUUUUUAAAUGGGUGCCAGGAGUAGGCAGCACCCAAACAAAAAAAAUGAUUCAAUUCGAAUAAAACAAACUAGUAGCGCUAUGGUGGUCAUCCAAGUUCUUAAUAUAUGUUUUUGUUGUUGCAUUAAAGUGUGCAACUUUUAACAGGAUUUUUGAGGGAUGGAGUUGAACAUCUAUAUUCUUGCUGUUAUUAUUAUAGCCCAGAACUUAUAAUAAAUUCUUGCUUUUCUGAUCA